AUGGGCAAGAAGAAUUCUCAAAAGCCGGCCUCGAAAACUUCCUCCUCGGCGUCGCUUGCGGUAUCCGACCUCACGAACACUGGGAAUAAGUCUUCGAUCCUCAAGGCGUCAUUUGCUCCGUCUGAUUAUCAAUUGGCCCUAUUCGCUUCCGUCAUCCAGGGUCUCGAUGGUCAGCACCUGCGCAUUCAUGAUACAAAUACCGGUCGGUUACAGUGUGAAUAUGUCUUGGGUCCGAAGGAGUUAGUCACAUCGCUGGACUGGGGUUACUAUGCUGGUCGCCAGAAGGAUCGGGAACAGCAGUUAAAGAAGAAGAGAAAGCGCCAUUCCGAUGUCAAUGGUACGAAUGAUGGCCUGGAUCAAGGAGAUGUGGUAGUCGCCUUCGGCACAAGCGCUUCAGAUAUUCGCAUGUACUCCCCUGCUGAGGAUAAGAUUGUGGGUACUUUGACGGGUGGACAUGAGAGUGGUAUUAAGGACUUUAAAUUCUCUGCGAACCGAUCCGCUCAGGAAGGCUGGAGUAUCGGUGGAGAUAAUAAGCUAGUCCAGUGGGAUCUUGUCACCGGACAACGCACAAGGACAAUCAACCUCCCAACCUCCUCGACAUUCACCACACUCUCUCGCCCGCUCUCCUCAAAUCCUCCCGUCAUUUGCGCGUCUCAAACGCCUUAUAUUAUUGAUCUUGAAGAAGAUGGAUCCUCCAUUACAUUCCCUGCGAUGCGAAAUUCUAUACAAACUAUCAUCACAUCUUCUACAAAAUCUGCCUUGAACGGGCUGUUCCUCGCCUCCGACAAUGACCGCUACAUUAAUGUCUUUAAUCCCCAGGAUCGGCAGCUGGCGAUGAACCUUGUGACUGACAGAGAAGUAACGUCUCUAUCUCUGUAUACAAAGCAAGGCGUGGAUGACAGUCUGGCUCUAGAGAAGCAAGUUCUGGCUGCUGUUACUCAGGACGGCACGAUUGAGCUCUUCGUACGGCCGUUUAUUAAACCACAGGACUUGAAAACCCCCAAAGGUAGCCUUAAGGCGAGGUCGAUGCAAAUGACCAGGCGAGCGGAGACCUCUAUCAAAAUUACAAAAUCUGCUGCGUCGAAUGACCUUGUACCCGUUGUUUCGGUUGCGUUCCAGGGCUCUGAUCUAAUUAUUGCCUGGGCGCAAGGAGGCAUUAUCCCCCUCUUCGAGCGAGUGAAAUGGCUUAACGAGGAAACAGAUGAGUUGGCGUUCACUGGCGUCAAGACUAUCGCCAAGACCAAGUCCAGCUCUAUUCUCCAGUCGGUAACAACAAACGGAACAAAGAACGCAAAUGAAAGCCAUGUCAACGAGAACAGGAUAGUGGUUGAAGAAGGCAACUUGGCUGAGGAUGAUAUCGAAAUGGAGGAUUCCAAACAGGAUGCCAUUUCUGUGCAUGACAGCGAGGAGGACUCCGAAGACGAUGAGCCCAAGCAAAUCGAAAAGCCGUCUGCGCAGGCCCAGGAUGAAGCCGGCAGUGAUGUGGAUAUGCAGAACGCCGCGGAGUCAGGCCCGGAGGACGAAGAAGAUGACGAGGAAGAGCUAGGGGAGCCAUCGUUCGGAGAACUCAUGCGAGUUCACGCUGCGGAAGAGGUUGAUGUUGAAGCCGAACUGGAAGACGACGUCCACACUAGGUCUCUUAUUCCCGGAAAACCCAUUACAACCGUCCAGCAAAUCCCCUCUGGGGUCUCCCUGGCCACUGUUCUCACACAAUCCCUCAAGACCAACGAUAACGACAUGCUCGAGGCCUGCUUCCACACCGGUGAUUCUGGCACUAUCCGAACCACCAUCCAGCGUCUGGACUCGCCCCUCGCUGCUACCUUGCUCCAGAGGCUAGCAGACCGUCUUUCCUCUCGCCCUGGCCGAUAUGGCCACCUGCUCGUCUGGGUCCAAUGGACGUGUAUCGCGCACGGAGGAGCCCUCGCAGGCAAAAAAGACCUCUUGAAGCAAAUGUCUACCCUUUUCAAGGUCAUGGACCAGCGCUCUUCCACCCUUUCCUCCCUCCUCCUGCUUAAGGGAAAACUGGACAUGCUCGACGCCCAACUGGGUUUGCGGCAGUCUCUUCGCGACGGCGCCGAACAACUGGAGAGCGAGGACGAAGAGAACGUCAUCUAUGUGGAAGGCUACGAAGACGACGAAGAGGACAGCGAUGUAGAAACUGCGAAGAACAUCGACACUCCCCGCACCAAGGCCAUCCGUGAUCAAGCGGACAUCUCUAUGAUUGAUGAAUCCGACAACGACGACGAUGAGGAGGAGGAGGACGACGAAGAAGAUGAAGACGAACUAGAAGACGAAGAAGAUGCCACAAACAUUCUGGACGUCGAGGCAGAGGAAUCCGCCGGCUCUUCCGAUGCAGAGGAGUCCCUAGAUGAAGACGAGGAUGAGCUGGAUGACAAUGACAGCGCCGCGUCCAUGGCAGACUUCAUCGCCGACACGGAGGAUGAAUCUGAGGGUGAAGACCUGUCCCGGCCUCCGCCAUCAAAGAAGGCUAGAUUAAGUCAGGGAGGACCUGGUAAGGGGAAGAACAAAGGAAGAAAAUAG